GAUCACGGGCCCCUCACCCGAGCUCCGGCCCAUCCGCGGCCCGCCGCCGUGCCAUGCUGGGCGCCCGGCGGCUCUGCGCGAGGGGGCCCCCCUCCGCGCUGGCGGCCUCGUGCGCGGCGGCCUGGGCGGCCCGACGGGUGCGCGGACGAGGGCUCCUCGCUGUUGGCCGAUGCAGCCCGGGCGGCACUGCAGGCGGCAGGGCAGCCGCAGCGGAGUGGCGGGCGCCGAUGAUGGAGUCACUGCGUGCGCAUGGGUCCAGACGAGUGGACCCUAACGCGGAGAUCAUAGAGGUACACUUCAAGUUGCCAGACGGCUCGCGAAAGACAGUUUCUGUGCCUGAGGGCACGACGCUCUUGGAAGCAGCACAUGGAAAUGAGGUUGACUUGGAAGGCGCCUGUGAAGCCUCGUUGGCUUGCUGUACGUGCCACGUGAUCCUUCCGCAGGACGUCUUCGACAGCGUCGAGGAGGCCUGCGAGAAGGAGGAGGACAUGCUGGACAUGGCGCCGUGCCUGACGGCCACCUCGCGUCUUGGAUGCCAGGUCGUCAUCGACGGGCGCCUCAAAGGCAAGGAGGUCGUGCUGCCAGAGGUCACGCGAAAUUUCUACGUGGACGGCUUCGUGCCGCAGCCCCACUGACCGCCUUCCCCGCGCGGGCGCGGCGCGUGCCGCACCCUCUCUGCGGGGCGCGCGCCUUCCCGCGCGCGGCUGCCCAGCGCCCGCGCCGCAGCGGCGCGCCGCCCCUCGGGCUCGGGAGCUGCGCGGGGCUCCCCUCGCUCCCCGCCUCCGCUCUCUCGCGCGAGGCGUGUUCGCCCGCUUGCGGGUCG